AACCAAAAACAAAAAAAGAAAGAAAAGUGCUCUUUUCGCAUUUAUUCCUGUCAAGAUACAGGGAUUGAUGCAAACAUGCCUUUGGGAGUGAAGCCAGUUUGUGCUGGUUGUAAAAGCAGCACAUCGACCAUGUGGAGCAAGAAUGAAAAGGGAGAUAUAACGUGCAAUGAAUGUCUCACAAAACCCACUCCUGGCGUUGGGAAAGAAACGAAUGGUAACGGAGUUAUUCAGGUUAAGAAGGUGUCGUCUGCAGUCGAAAGUGCUCAAGAUAGGGUGCUAAGGAAGAGUUCUAGAAAUAAGCCAUCUAAAUACAGAGUCGCUAACUCCAAACCCAUUGCAACGAAGGGGAAAAGUAGACGCAUAAUCUUCAAGAAAAGUCAACCAGUCAAAGCACCAACAGCAGUUUCCACUGUGGUGACUGGUAACAGCAUCUUCCAUGAUGGUGUGUACUACCAGAUUGGUGAUAUAGUGUCUCUGGUUGAUGAAGACGAGAACCUGUACUACGCACAGAUAAGGGGGUUUCUGCAGGAUCAGUAUUAUGAGAAGAGUGCGGUUAUAACAUGGCUUCUUCCGACCAAAAUCUCUGAUAGAAGCAAGUUUGAUCCAGCCACCUACAUUUUGGGACCAGAAGAGGACCUGCCACGUAAAAUGGAGUACCUAGAGUUUGUAUGCCAUGCUCCAUCAGAGUAUUUCCAGAGUAAGACAAUGCCAUACCCUACCAUCAACAGCAAACCAGACCUCUGCUAUAUCUGGUCGACCCUAGGGCCCGAGGUUACGGAGGCCCCCACUGACAUUGACGACAUUUACGGGCCCAGUGAUUAUGUUAAGAGUGACUCACCGAUGCAAGUGUUCCCUCAGUCAAACAAGAGAGCGAAGAUUGAGAAAGUGAAAAUUAAAGAAGAAAAAAAGUUUAUUGUUGUAGAAUGAGAAUUAUAUCAUGUAUCAUGUUUUCAUUGAAUUUUGAAUCAAUUUCAUUUGUAGAAUGUUGAAUUAGGUAUAUCAAGUUUUGUAAAAAUGAAUACUCGAUAUAUAAUAAAAGUACAA